GGCAUCCUGGGGAGGGGGUCCUGGCAGCUGGGAUUGCGGGUGGGCGCCACUGCCCUUUUUUUGGUAAUCAUGAAGCGUUUUCAAACUUGUAGCGAAACAGGUAAAACGCGGMAAAGCGCCUGUUAGCUGUUGGUGGUGCACAGUGCCGGGGCAUCUACCCUUUCCCCCUGUACCUAAAUUCUGGCUUUGCUCUGAGGGGAAAGGGCCUGGGAGGAGGUUAAGGGGCCAGGGUCCAUGGUGCACGCCUGUAAUCCCGUGGCUCCAGAGGCUGAGUCAGGAGGAUGGCAGAAGCCAUGGUGCUGUGUCGUGUGCCAAGAUGGUCUGUGCGCCUCUGGGCCUCUCCAGGGUGGUGGAGGACCACGUGGACUCUCAGAGCCUUGGUGCGGCCGAAGAGGGGACCAGGGUGCCCGGGGGGAGCGUCUGGCCCCCUGGCUUGCAGAAUGUUCUCCAAAGUGUCCUCCUGCCCCCCUGAGGUGAUGCUGACCCAGGAGCGCUACCCUGUGCAGCGGCUGCCAUUCUCUGUGGUGUCUGAGGAGGACCUGGCAGCUUUUGAGCGCAUGGUCCCCGGCAGAGUUGUCACAGACCCAGAAGUACUGGAGGUGUCUAAUGUGGACUGGCUGAGGACAGCCCGAGGCUGUAGCAAGGUGCUGCUGCGACCCCAGACGUCGGAGGAGGUGUCCCGCAUCCUCAGGUACUGCCACGAGAGGAACCUGGCCGUGACCCCACAGGGUGGGAACACAGGUUUGGUGGGGGGCAGYGUCCCUGUCUUUGAUGAAAUCAUCCUGUCCACUGCCCUCAUGAACCAGGUCACCAGCUUCAACAGUGUGUCUGGAAUCCUGACCUGCCAGGCAGGGUGUGUGCUGGAGGGACUGAGCCGGUAUGUGCAGGAGCRGGACUUCGUCAUGCCGCUGGACUUGGGAGCCAAGGGCAGCUGCCACAUUGGGGGCAAUGUGGCUACCAAUGCCGGCGGCCUGCGGUUUCUGCGAUACGGCUCCCUGCGUGGGACUGUGCUGGGCCUGGAAGUGGUGCUGGCUGAUGGCACUGUCCUGGAUUGCCUGACCUCCCUGAGGAAGGACAACACAGGCUAUGACCUGAAGCAGCUGUUCAUUGGGUCRGAGGGCACCCUGGGGGUCAUCACCGCCGUGUCCAUCUUGUGCCCGCCCAGGCCCCAGGCUGUGAAUGURGCUUUUCUUGGCUGCCCUGGCUUUGCAGAGGUUCUGCAGACCUUCAGCACCUGCAGGAGGAUGCUGGGGGAGAUCCUGUCUGCGUUCGAGUUCAUGGAUGCCGAGUGCAUGCAGCUGGUCCAGCAGCAUCUCCACCUGGCCAGCCCAGUGCAAGAGAGCGCCUUCUACCUCCUGGUCGAGACCUCUGGCUCCAGCACAGGGCAUGACGCCGAGAAGCUGGGCUGCUUUCUGGAGCAGGUGCUGGGCUCAGGCCUGGUGACUGACGGCACCGUGGCCACAGACGAGAGCAAAGCCCAGGCGCUGUGGGCCCUGCGGGAGAGGAUAACGGAGGCACUGAGCCGGGAUGGCUAUGUGUACAAGUAUGACGUGUCCCUCCCCGUGGAGCGACUCUACGACCUGGUGACUGACCUGCGUGCCCGCCUUGGCUCACAAGCCAGGCAUGUGGUGGGCUAUGGCCACCUGGGGGAUGGUAACCUGCACCUGAACGUGACGGUGGAUGCCUUCAGCACAGCGCUGCUGGACACCCUGGAGCCCUACGUGUAUGCCUGGACGGCAGGGCAGCGGGGCAGUAUCAGUGCUGAGCACGGCCUGGGCUUCAGGAAGAGGGACGCCCUUGGUUACAGCAAGCCGCCUCAUGCUGUGCAGCUCAUGCAGCAGCUCAAGGCCCUGCUGGACCCCAAGGGCAUACUGAACCCCUACAAGAUGCUGCCCACCCAGGCCUGACGGGGCCCUACUGUGGUGUGCAGCCAGGAAAGACCACCCCCUGCUGGAGAGAUCAGGAACCAAUUCUGGGUUAAGGGUGCAGGACUCC